CUACCCCCUCCCCUCCGUUCGGCCGUUCCUCUCUCCCGCCUCCUCCUCUUCCUCGGUGAGGCGCUCCGGUAGCAGGCAGCAUGGCGGCCGUGGAGACGCGGGUGUGCGAGACAGACGGCUGCAGCAGCGAGGCCAAGCUCCAGUGUCCCACCUGCAUCAAGCUGGGCAUCCAGGGCUCCUACUUCUGCUCACAGGAAUGUUUUAAAGGCAGCUGGGCUACUCACAAGUUACUACAUAAGAAAGCAAAAGAUGAAAAGGCAAAGCGAGAAGUUUCUGCUUGGACUGUGGAAGGUGAUAUUAACACGGACCCAUGGGCAGGCUAUCGAUAUACUGGUAAACUCAGGCCACAUUAUCCACUGAUGCCAACAAGGCCAGUGCCAAGUUAUAUUCAAAGACCAGAUUAUGCUGAUCACCCUUUAGGAAUGUCUGAAUCUGAACAGGCUCUUAAAGGUACUUCUCAAAUUAAAUUACUCUCAUCUGAAGAUAUAGAAGGGAUGCGACUUGUAUGUAGGCUUGCUAGAGAAGUUUUGGAUAUCGCCGCUGGGAUGAUUAAACCAGGUGUAACUACUGAAGAAAUAGAUCAUGCUGUACACUUAGCGUGCAUCACAAGAAAUUGUUAUCCUUCUCCCCUGAAUUAUUAUAAUUUUCCAAAGUCUUGUUGUACCUCAGUGAAUGAAGUUAUUUGCCAUGGAAUUCCAGAUAGACGGCCCUUGCAAGAAGGUGAUAUUGUAAAUGUGGAUAUCACUCUUUAUCGCAAUGGUUAUCAUGGGGACCUGAAUGAGACGUUUUUUGUUGGAGAUGUGGAUGAGGGAGCACGGAAGCUAGUCCAGACCACGUAUGAGUGCCUGAUGCAAGCUAUCGAUGCAGUGAAACCUGGCGUUCGAUACAGAGAAUUGGGAAACAUUAUUCAGAAGCAUGCCCAAGCAAAUGGGUUUUCAGUUGUUCGAAGCUACUGUGGACAUGGAAUCCACAAACUUUUUCAUACAGCCCCCAAUGUACCCCACUAUGCCAAAAAUAAAGCUGUUGGAGUGAUGAAGGCGGGCCAUGUAUUUACAAUUGAGCCAAUGAUUUGUGAAGGCGGAUGGCAGGAUGAGACCUGGCCGGAUGGCUGGACGGCAGUGACAAGAGAUGGGAAACGCUCUGCGCAGUUUGAGCACACUCUGCUGGUCACGGACACUGGCUGCGAGAUCCUCACUCGGCGGUUGGAGAGUGCACGGCCUCACUUCAUGUCCCAGUUUUAACUUCUCCCAAGAUGGCACAUCUCAAGAAUUACUUCUGUCUGUACUAUGCAUUUUGUUGAGAGUACAGAGGAAGAGGAAAUUUUUAUCACUUGUUCUGUUUUGACCAUAGAUAAGAAAGAACUACAACAUUUGAUAUGUAUCCUCAAGAACUUGUCUUGGGUCUGAAAAAACUGAGAAGAAUAAAGGAAAAAUUUCUUAGCUCCUUUCAGAGCCCCCUUGCCCCAGAUAAUCUCUGCACCCCCGUUUACUCGUUUGCCCUUUGAGCACUUUUACCUAAACCUGCUUCUAGUUGCGUUUAUCACUGCCACCACUGGCUGUCAAGAGCCAGCUGCUUUCCAGGUCAGUGUUGAAGAUGAGAAUCCUUGAAACUUUAGCAACAUAAUGUUGCUGCAGAUUUUUUUUCUAUUAUUCUAUAUAUGAAAAUAUAUACAUUUUAAAUUCCAUAUACAUAAUUACUGAACACUAUGUGACCUGGGGUUUGUGUUGAUGCUGCUCUGACAGGGCUAGAUGCUAUCAUAAAUGGACCGAUAGUUGCAGUGAUUUAAUUCUCAAUUGGGAAUUGCCACCCCUGCCCCAUGCUAAUUAUUUACCUUUGUAAUUGUGCUUAAGGAAGCACUCGGUCAAUGAUUCUUCCUCCAAUGUGGACUCUCUGUGUGUCAGUGAAUGAAUGUGGCAAAAUUAAGUCUGGAAAAAUGUUAUAAGGCUUUUUUUUUUUUUUAAAUCUAGUUGAUGACAAAAAUUACCACACUCAAGUGGUGGCUGGCUGUGGUAGGGAUGAGACUUGUGUAAUAUACUGCUAUUUCAGACCUCUAUUUGGUCAGAAAUGGGAGGAAGAAAGCCCCCUUUCUUACCCUCAAACAUUUAGUACACCUAAUACUGAUAAAAAGGAACGACUUUGAGGACUGUUCUUUGGCAGUGGGGAGGCAGCAAUGUGCAGAAAACACACCUCACCUUUGCAUAGUUAGGAACCUCAUUAGAAGUGACCUCAGCUGCCCAGUGCUUAUAUUCCUUUCAGUAUUUCAGUCCAAAUAGGAGAGUAUAUGAUGAAGACAUAUCAGACCGUAAGGUCAUGUUCAUUAGGGUGUACUUGAUUCCUGGAUGUCUGACGACUUUCUUGUAAUACAAUCUGAUGCCACUGACACAUUAUACCUGUAAGAGAACAUCUUUCCCGGAGUGCCUCAGACCAUUACUGCUUUAAAAGAAUUAUAAUGUUUUCAUUACUUUUAUUAUUUUAAUGAUUUAGUAAAAUGACUGAAUCUGCUACAGACUUUUGGGGGUAUGUGUGUGAAGUUUUUAAUAAACUGUAAUAUUUGUGAAUGGAAUGUCUUGCUAUAUGAAUGUUAAUAUAAUGUGUAAAGGGAGAUUAAAAAGUUUGAAUAAUUAUCCCACCACGUAGUCAUUAACUUUGCUGCAUUUGUUUGGGAUUUCAGAGGGAAGUAAUGGGAAUGUGUGGCUGAUUUUAAAAUUCAACAUAAACUCAUGACCAGUUGAGUAAAAAUACUUUUUCAGGUUUAAUGGCUGUAUAGUAAUUCCAGCACUGUGCUUAAUUAGCAUUCUGCCAGCAGCAUUUGAGCUGCAACUGUAUUUUUGAGAGCUUUUGAUUUAGAGAAUGCUGAAUAUUUAAGAGAAUGUUUUACGUGCUGGUAGUGGAAUUAACCGUGUGUGCUUAUUCCAUGCCUGUCAUUAGAACAUAAGCUCAAGAAAAAAAUCCUGUGAUAAUUUUUUUUAAAAAAAAAUUAAAACAUCUCACUGGUGCCAUGCUUUUCGCAGUUUGAGAAAUUUUUAAAUAAUGUGGACUCUAGUCUAAUUGUAUGUAUUUAAUGAGAAAUAUUUAUUAGAUUUAGGAGAGAAAAAUCUGGUUUUAUCAUUCUGCCAACUUUUUACAAAAUAAGACUAUGAAUUAAAAAAAAUUUUUUUUUCAGCCAAUCCUCCACUCCUCUUAGAAUCAUAAUUUAGAAGAAGGGAAAAAUGUUUGCCUUUUAUCUUCAUUUUAUCCCUUUUGCUAAUAAAAUGGAUUAAGGUACAUGAAAACCCAUUUACUA